AUGUUGGCCACACUUCUUCUUAUUGCGGUCUUUGGGACAUACACACGUUCAACAAAUAUAGAAGUAAGCAUUUAUUCUUAUUUAUUUUAAUUUUAUUAAUAAACCUCGACUGCUGGGAUGUCCUAGUUUUUUACCUUACGUCCGGUCCCACGGUUUUCAAAUUUUAUUCAUGUAGUUGAAUUUGAAUUCGAAAUUCUAAUUAAUUUCCUUUAUUUAAAGACACCUUAGUAAAGAACUAGCUAUUAUAUAAUUGUACAAUCAUUAGUAUUUAUCGAUAAAUGCCACGCUCUUCAAAGAACAACUUCAAUUUCAGUUCCUUGAUUUAUAGGCCGGUUACUCCAAUAUUUUUGGACAUGCCACGUGAACAGCUUCUGCCUGAAAUUCUUUUCGAAUCGUUGAUGUUGCUCACCGAAAAGAUCGAGGCGUUAAAACAAAAAAAAGAAAUUUUGCAAGAAAAGAACAAACAAACAGACCCAAAUAGGUCGGAUCAACGACAAAUAAUUGGUAUGUAACUUCAGGGACAUUUAUCGGCUAUGAACAAAAUAUUUUCUAUGCGGAAACGAUACGGUGAAUACACGCGAAUACAAAUAAUUUUAAAUAAUUAUUAAAAGCUCAGGAGUAAACACUCUAUUUUUUUCUCUUCCUUUUUCUUUCUUUUACAUAAAGUCCUCAACAUCAGCUGGAAUUUGAUUAAACAACUUUAUUUGCGGGGCAUAGUAAAAAGUCGACACAUUUUUAAAAGCAAAUUUCAGGUUUUCACAGAUCUACUUACACUGCCAACUUUAUCAUUGAAAUAUGAACAUUCUGUAAGAAAUUAUAACUAACGGUAUUCUCACGCCGGGAAAAUAUCUAAAACGAUGGUAUGCUGCACAUAAUACUCAGUUUUAACAGUAGGGAUUUAACACAGUUUUCAAAGCCUACUUUUUUGGCCGAGAUGCGACAUAUAUGAUAGUCCCGUCCAAGUCACUGACCAAACGAUUAGGUAAAUAAUAGGUUUUAAUUUGCUUAAAAACUGCAAAAUGAUCUUAUCAUUUUCAGCCGAGCUUGUCUUUUUCAUAAAUUGUACGAAUCGAUAGGAAGUCCUUUACUGAUCUUCCGGAAGGCAGCUAAGGGCCAUUUUAUAUUGACUCGGAAGUUUCGGUUUCAGAUAUACCCGCGAAAGGUCUAGACUUAUUUUUAUUCAUCAUUCAGGGUUCGGUUAGGGUUGACAACUGACAAAUGAAUAAAUUAGGUCGCUCAAUUUUGGCCUCGUAAAAAUUUGGUUUAAAUGAAAGAUUUUUAAACUGAUGGAAGCUAAAUUAGAUAAUUAUAUGUUUUGUCAGUUAUGACUAACAGACUUACAAUUUCUAUUUCACCAUCUAAAUGUUAAAAUCUGGAAGGUGAUUAAAAUUUUUUUUCAUAACAGAACGUCACGUAAAUAAAAUGUUAAUCUAAAUCACGUUAAUCUUUUAUUGUUCGUACUUUUCGUUAAUUUAUCUUAUUAACAACACUAUUCUUGAUACGCGUGUUAUUCUGCUGUACGAAUAUCAUUUUACUCUUAUUACUCCUUAUUUCAACUAUAAGUCGUCGGAGUUGUUUUGCUACGUUCAGCUAAGUUAUACACAGGGUAGUUUUGUUUUCUGAAAGUCAGGUAUAGUAGUAACAUACAUCUUUGGUUCGCUCAAAUCGAAAGAUUUUAAAUUGAAUCCCUGCAUUUUUGUGUAAUUUUACGUGCAUGGAUUCUGUUGUUGAUUACUGAAAACGUAAAUGUUAUAUAGAAACAAACCUUGACAAUGCCCUUGUAUCUAUGCCCGCAACAAUGUUAAAAAUAUUAUUUUAAACAGACUGGUAAAAUUAAAAUAAUCAUUUCCGCAUUCUGCAAAUUUCAGCAGGAUCUACGCAUGCGCUUCACGUUUGACCCCUUUGAAUUCCAUUCUUGAUCUCGACUGAUGAACUCGACCUUGGGAGUUGCUUUGCAUCACCCUUUGUUGCACUCGACGAGAAGUUUCCCAGAGCUCUUUCUGUCCGUCUGUCGAGCUCUCUGAAAGAGGACAAGAUCAGAAGUUAAAAAUGUUAUGAAUCUUAGUUCUUUACAUUUGGUUCCGUGUCAUGCCCGGCUCAUGCAGAAUCUAUUNCAUUCUGCAAAUUUCAGCAGGAUCUACGCAUGCGCUUCACGUUUGACCGCUUUGAAUUCCAUUCUUGAUCUCGACUGAUGAACUCGACCUUGGGAGUUGCUUUGCAUCACCCUUUGUUGCACUCGACGAGAAGUUUCCCAGAGCUCUUUCUGUCCGUCUGUCGAGCUCUCUGAAAGAGGACAAGAUCAGAAGUUAAAAAUGUUAUGAAUCUUAGUUCUUUACAUUUGGUUCCGUGUCAUGCCCGGCUCAUGCAGAAUCUAUUGUCUUUAGCCUGCGAAAACAUCCGUUUCUCUUCGCUCUUUAUCGCUGGGGACGUUUCGCGCGGAGGAACGUGUGCGACUCUGCGACAGAAAUUCCGUACUAAUGACGCAAAUCAAUGUUUACAUGAUAAAUUCGGUAGUCAUGAGGUUCCAAAUAUAAAUCUGUCCAAUUUUACGUGUCUUAUAGACUACGAGUAGUCCCCCAUUUUUCCUCAAUGAUAAUAGAGCGAGCAAAACGCGAGCGCGCGUGAAAACCACCCCACGCGAGAAAAGGCGACACGCGGCGGGGAGCUCAUUUUUCUCCCUCCCAGCCGCGUGUCGCCUUUUCUCGCGUGGGGUGAUUUUCACUCUUGCUCGCGUUUCCCUUGCUCUACUAUCCCUGAGGAAAAAUGGGGGACUACUAGUAGUCUACGUGUCUUCUGGUUGAUUUUGGUAAAGUGUUGUGUUCAUCUACCAACGAGCCCCAGCAACCGGCUCAAAUGCUUCUUCUAGAGAAGGCUAUAUUCCACAAAUAUUGACAGUUUUAUUAGACAUUCUUCGCGUUCGCAUUUGGCCUUUGAGGCCUUUUGUCUUUCGUAAACAAUAGUUAAACAAUGUAAUUACUCCAACGACCAAUCAGCGCUUCUGACAGAAUUCCGGACAGAUUUUACGUCAUCAGUAUGAAAUUUCAGUCGCUGAGUCGCAGACGUUCCUCCUCGCGCAACGUCCCCAGCGGCGAACAGCAAACAGGAACGGAUGUUUUCGCAGGCAAUUACGUCUUCAAAAAAAAAGCGCGCUUGUUUGUCCCUGUCCUAGUCUAAGUGUGGAAGGAGAGCUAUACGCGCCUUGCUCGGGACCCGCCUCGAGCUCCACCUGCUACGAAUGAACGUCACAUAGGGUAACCAAAGGAAUCGCUCCUUACGCUGCGCCUGAACAUUAACAGCCGACAUUUUGCGACGCCAAUUCUGGUUUCCGCCACAAGAGGACGCCUGAGGGGUGAGGAACGGACUCAUUCCAUACUGAUGACGAGUCACUAACCAGGUCUGGCUAGUGUUUUUGAUUGGCUGAAGGUACGACCAAUCAAAAGAACUGCCCAGACCUGGGGGGGGAGGGGGAGAGGGGUUAAGCCAUCACCCAUUGCUGUAAAUUUGUGUGAAAUCCUACUUCGCUCUGACUAGAUGCGAGUUUGGCGCGCAAAAUGAGCCAGGUUUUAUAAGAAAGACGGAGCGGGCAAGAGCGGGCUCAAGGCCAGUGCUAGGCUCCUGACUGUUUCUUAGUUCCUUUAGAUAACGUCUUUANCGCCUCGAGCUCCACCUGCUACGAAUGAACGUCACAUAGGGUAACCAAAGGAAUCGCUCCUUACGCUGCGCCUGAACAUUAACAGCCGACAUUUUGCGACGCCAAUUCUGGUUUCCGCCACAAGAGGACGCCUGAGGGGUGAGGAACGGACUCAUUCCAUACUGAUGACGAGUCACUAACCAGGUCUGGCUAGUGUUUUUGAUUGGCUGAAGGUACGACCAAUCAAAAGAACUGCCCAGACCUGGGGGGGGAGGGGGAGAGGGGUUAAGCCAUCACCCAUUGCUGUAAAUUUGUGUGAAAUCCUACUUCGCUCUGACUAGAUGCGAGUUUGGCGCGCAAAAUGAGCCAGGUUUUAUAAGAAAGACGGAGCGGGCAAGAGCGGGCUCAAGGCCAGUGCUAGGCUCCUGACUGUUUCUUAGUUCCUUUAGAUAACGUCUUUAAUUUCAGGAUACUUGGCUUGAUGAUAUCGAUGGGCCAAACUUUUUGCGUGGAGUCGAGCAGGAACCAAAGCAAGGAAGGAACCCGGAUUUCACUAAUGUAAGACAUUUCAAAGAUAAUUAUAUUAAGCACAACGUUCACGGUGAAUACUGAAAACGGCAGAGAUUUCCUGUUUGCCGUUUCAACGUGAACAAUUUAUAGGAUAGUAUGCUUCGGGAAAUCUGUUUUAUUUCAGGCUGCCAUUGAAAGAAUAAAUGAAAAAGUGCUAAGUUUUGCUGUCAACGUUAUGCGUAACGUUCCUUUCUAUUAUUGGGCCUUAUUCAGUAGGUCUCACACCUGCAAACUGUUGCCAUGUUUUGACCAACGGCCACGUUCUACAUAAAAUUAAAAUAUUAAGAAGUGUAACCAGACGCCUGCAAAAUAUGCAGGAAAAUACUUAGCUUGAGAAAACAGUCAACGUUUCGCGACGCCACUAACAGUUUUCCCGCGAAGACCAACCUCGCUCCCAGAAAGAAGAUAGAAGCCUGGGAGCGAGGUAGCGAAAAGACGUCGGAGGAUUGUCUGAGGAACGAGUUUAGAAAUUCCACACUGAUGACGUGUCAUGGCAGAUCUGGUAGUGCUUCUGAUUGGCUAAGGCAAAGUUUCGACCAAGAACAAGCACUAUUCAAAUCAAGGGGUAGUGAUACGUCAUAAAAAAUUUCUAUCCUGGUUUAUCAAACGUCAUUUCAGGGGGAAACAGUGAAAAUUUUCAUCUUUAUCUAAUACAGCAGUGGUGGUUUUUUUCCCAAAUUCUUGUUAAUAGCAUCGAAGUUAAUGCUCCAACUUGAGAGGUAUCGACCCUCAGAACAAGGAUCAUUAUACGUUGGUGGGAAACUGCCCACCCACCCCUCCCCUAAGCCAACAUCAACACUUACUUCUCAUUUAUGGCAAAAUGUUGGCUUAGGGGAGCGGUAGGUUCAAGCCACCUUAAGCUUGUUACAAAUGGUUUCUCUAAUUAAAAACAUGUGCUUGAAUGCAGCAUUGGUCACGUGAUUCGACUGGUUCGUCGAGCUCCAGUGGCAACUACAUGACGUCAAGCCCGUCCACGUCAAGUGAAAACAUUGUCUGUAAAGUUGCCUCCCAUCCUUUUGGCAUAAAUACGACAAGUAAGUAAUUUUAUCACUGGUAAAAAAUUCUCGCGCGAUCGUUGUGUUUCACGUGCACCUAAUUAGCUCCUGAAAAUUUUGCCGGAAUUUUUAAAAAAGAGCCAGUCGAGCCGUUUUUUCUUUCACACUACCUAGCCAAAAAGAAGUAAAACCACCCAAAGUGUUAUUUAAAAGUCAGGAUCACUACGCUGGUUAUGUUCCUGAUGCUGAAAUGCAUUUUCCUGCGUUUGGACCAUACACAGAAGGGAAAAAUUCGAGUUUCUGGGUAAAAUAAGCAGUUUCGCUUUCCCCUUGGCCAUUUCUGUUGAUUAACCCUGUAGUUUCUUCAAAAACCAUACCCGAUUCAGGACCAGAAUGGGCUAAGACUAUACCCUUUCAUACCUCCAGAUAAGGAGGGGCCCGGUCAUCCAGACCCUGAGAUAAGCGGGGCGGGGGGGGCGGUCUCAAAAAUACGUUUUUUUUUGGCCCUUCGGGCCUCAUUUUGGUGCAGAAAUAAGGGGGGGUAAGGGGGCCGGGCCCCCGGGCCCCUACCCUGGAUCCGCCACUGCCCGUUUUAAGACCAAUCGGUGCAAAACCACUACCCUUUGGGGAGGCACAUGCCUUUAUGGCUUACUAUGUAAGGGAGUACCCUUUGUGUCUCAAUGGGGUGUCAGCUUUGACGGUUCAAUUUUUGGAGUUCAAAGAGCUUAGGUAAAAAUUUAACUGCUGUAUAAAUUGAUAUUAACUAUGUGUUUUGGAGGUUGUCUUGGCCCUUUCUAGCAAGGUUUAAGGUCUUCUUAUGUCUAGAGAGUGUGUUCUUAAAAAACAUGGGAACUGGUUUUUUCCACGUUUGGGGAGCUGACGGUUAAUAUAAUCUGCAUUUUUGACGGUUGAGGGUAAAAAAUUACCCUUUUCCACGGCUGACGGUUAAAUUUUGGAACGUUUGACAACUGACGGUUGACCAUUGAGACCUUCUGUUAAGAACUGCUCAGCGUAACAUUCAAAAUUUACACGGGUUUUUCGUAUGAUUGAACUGUAACGGACUUUCUAUGCGAAAUUCUCAUAACUGCAAAUACCACAGGGAUGCCACACAAAUUGCAAUUUGUGUGGGCUUCCCCUUGCAAUUACGUUCUUGAAAAAACCAACCAACAUGGGGGGAGAGGGUCAGCAAGAGAUACUCAGGGCCAAAUUUAAGAUAAGGAGAGGUUCCUAUUCGGAUGCAGUGCUUAUUUGAGGCCUUAUGACGUAUUACUUUUUCAGGGAAACAAGGUAUUAAGGAUGGAAACCAAAUACGAGUGCAUUGCCAUCCAUUCCUUACCGUCGUUGAGGUUAACAAGCUCCAGGUGAAAAAACCAAUACCGUCCCACAUUAAACUUCAUCGGUGCAUGGGGUUCUGUAACUCAGAUAAAAUAAACUGCACAGUGACAAAACAGGACGAGAUUAAAGUAAGAGUGUAUGAUGUCCAAGAUGCUAAAUUAGUCACCCUCAAGAUGUUCGACCAUACAGCUUGUCAAUGUAACUGCACAGAAAGACAGUCGGACUGCGACGCUAAAAUACAAGAGUAUGAUAUUUCGAAUUGCGAGUGCAAGUGUAAGUUAAAUGGAAGCCACUGCUCCCCCUCUCAGACUUGGAACGAUCGCACGUGCCAGUGCGAGUGUCGAAGCCAGGAAACUUGCCGAUUAGACCAAGUUUGGAACGACUCAGCGUGCCAGUGCCAGUGCCGAAACCAUGAUACUUGCAAUGCCACUUCAAGCCAUAUUUGGAACGACUCGACUUGCAAGUGCGAAUGUGUAAAAAAGGUGAAAGAUCGCUGCGUGCGCAAGGGAAAAGUUCUCAACGAAAAAAAAUGUGAAUGUGAAUGUCCGAACCCGCGGCCCGUAUGUGAUGCAGGCACUUCCUUUCGGAAGUACAACUGCACUUGUGCGUAA